GUUGCGAGUCAGGUUCCACGGUGACGGGUGCGGUAGCACGGACCCAACGUGUUUAAAUAAAGUUAACACGAAAUACAAUACGAUAUAUCGGGUAAUUGUUUUACUAUACAGUGCUUCAAGUUUUUAAAUAGUGUUCAGUUUUGUUUUAAGUUGGUUUGUGAGAGUUUUUAAGUGAUGCAGCCGAGUUUUUGUAAUACUAACGGUAUUAGUGCCUCGUGAACUUUGCCUGAAUUUUAAGACACACCUAGUGGCUUUUGAAGUCUGGUUUUUGUUGGAACACAAAAGAAACAGGAUGUAACACAGAGCACGUGCUAUUUUCACCGACAAAUAGAUUUAACGACGACGCAAGAUGGAGAUACGGUGGUCCUUGCUUGUCCUAUGGGCCGCUUUUUCAUGGAUUUCAGAUACAGAAUCCGCGGAUGUCCUCCCAGCCUUCACCCAGGACAUGAACAACCUGCCGUUAUCAGAAAGCACCCCGGUCGGCUCAGUUGUGUACACGUUACAAGGGACAAACCCCAGUGGUGGACCAGUAAAAUACAGUUUGGUGGGGACUGACAAGUUUUCAGUGGAUCCUGUGUCAGGAGACGUUACUCUAGUCCAACCUUUAGAUAGAGAGAAAAAUGAUACGCUGAAGUUCCUUGUGUCCAUAAAGAACGAACACAACGAAGGUCAGACUGAAUCCGUGACUGUGAUAGUAUGGGACGAAAAUGACAACCCACCGGAGUUUAAAAAUAGUCCCUAUGAAGUAUACGUACCUGAAGACGAAGUGGUUGGGAAAACAGUUCUACAGAACAUCUUGGUGGAAGACAGGGACACUGUUGGCGACAAUCUCGAGGUCGGCUGCUUGCCCAACGAACAGUGGCCCGAAGCAUGUGAUAUUUUCGAAGUGGUAGCCCUUCAGUCCUCGGCCAACUCCUACUCGGGUGCUCUGGUGCUGAAGAAACCUCUGGACUACAAUGAGAAGCAGUUCUACCAGUUCCAGCUGUACGCUUCCGAUGGAGCCCUCAACUCCACAGCUCCAGUGGAAGUCAAGGUCGAAGACGUGCAGAACUCCCCACCGGUCUUCAGCGGCGCCCUCAGCGGGUCUUUAGCGGAGGAUGCCCCUGUGGGGACCUUGGCUUUGGUGGUGCGAGCGAGAGAUGCUGAUCGUGUCCAGCCUAGAGAAGUGUUCCUUGAGUUGUUGACUAAUCCGUUGGACUAUUUUUUACUAGACAGUGCCUCAGGCAACCUGGUGACAGCUAAACCAUUAGACAGAGAAGCCUUAGCCGAUCCCUCGUCGCCUCUAAAUCUUACAAUUAGAGCUACGGAAAUAGUAAACGGCUCCCCCCUAGUCUCCCCCUUAACAUCGUCCAUCGCCACCGCAACGAUCACGAUACGAGACGUCAACGACGAGCCGCCGCGUUUCUCCAAGCCUGAAUACCGUGUAGAGGUUCCAGAAAGCUUACCUGUGGGCACUCCGCUUCCGAAUCUGGACAUGGUUGUUACAGAUAGAGAUGUGGGCCUAAAUUCCGUGUUCACCCUUCGUCUCUCCGACGAGACGGGAGCGUACAUUGUGGAACCAGCCAAUGCGACAGGAAGCGCCUCUGUUACUCUUCGUCUGAACUCCAGCUUAGACUACGAGGACCCUAACCAGAGGAAGUUUAUCUUGGAGGUGAUCGCCGAAGAGUCACAUACAUCCCCUCGGCUCUCUUCCAAAGCCAGCGUCAUAGUAACAGUCACGGAUGUAAACGACAACGCUCCUACUUUUGCUGAUGACGCAUACUCUGCUUCUGUGCUUGAGAACGCACCAGGGGGUGCCUUAGUUGCAAUUGUGAAGGCUACAGAUAGAGAUACCGGCAGAUUUGGAACCGACGGCAUAAUCUACCAGCUGUCCGGCAACGGCGCAGAGUUAUUCAAGGUCAACAACCGCAGUGGCGCCAUCACCGUGGCACCUUGCAUUAACCCUGGCACUCCGCCCUGUUUGGAUUAUGAGACCAGGAGGGAUUACUUCUUGCAAUACAAGGCUAUAGACGACGACGGUGCUGGACAGACGACAGUGGUGCCCCUGCAGAUAUCCUUGCUGGAUUCCAACGACAACCCUCCAGUGUUCACCACGAGCGUCUACAAGGCAUCUAUAGAUGAAGACGCGAUCAAAUUUGAACCGGAAUUGCAGGUGCAAGCCCGGGACGUGGACACCUCUUCUGAAAUCCGGUACUACAUCACAGAGCCACCGCAGCAUCCAUUCUUUAUCGAUGACGUCAGCGGCAAGAUCUCGCCGAAAGCCGGCGGGGUGGCCACCAAUGACAGCAAGAUCGUGCUCACCGUUCUGGCAACAGAUGGCGUGCACAACGCGACAUGUAAAGUUGAAAUCAACAUCCGUGACGUCAACAACCAUGCGCCAGAGUUCGACCAAGACAAAUACGAAGCAGAUAUUUCGGAGGAUGCUCCACCCGGCACGGAAGUAGCAGCGGUCCGCGCCACAGACCUCGACAGUGGCGUCAACGCCGAGCUAAAAUACACCAUACAGCAGGGCGCGUUGGACGCCUUCGCCAUUGACAAUGUCACUGGCGUGGUGACCGUUUCUUCUAAACUAGACUAUGACAAGCGGAAUACUUAUCGGAUCACGAUUGUUGCUGCUGAUCUUGGCAUGCCAAGCCACACCGGGACUACCGAGCUGACCGUCCACGUCAGCAACGUCAACGACAAGAAACCCUACUUCACCCCCACCAUACAACGGGCUGAAGUCUCAGCUGAUGCGGAACUUGGAACCGUAGUCCAUAACCUCGUGGCCAUGGACCCUGAUAUAACAGAUAGUGAGCAGCUGGUCUAUGAACUGCCGAGGAAUAAGAUGAUUAAAGCUGUGGAUAAGAAUGGACAAGAGGUAUCAGACGAAGGCAUUUUCGACUCAUGGUUCUCCAUUCUAUCAAACGGCAGCGUGAUAGUGUCUCAGCGACUAGACAGAAGCCGGGCGGCAGUUCUGUCGCUGCCUGUCACAGUUAUUGAUGCUUCGGCCAACCCGCUGCAGGAGGCUGAUGGUGAACUCAUCAUCACCAUAGUGGACGUCAACCGCCACGCCCCUACAUUCUCCCAGCCUACUUAUGAAGAGUACUUAGUAGAAGAGCAGCCAAUUGGGACGGUGCUCAACAAAUACACCGCCACGGAUAAAGAGACGCCCAUUUCUGCGCUGGUUAUAUCUCCACCGAGCCCGUACUUCCAGAUUGACAAUGUUACAGGUGUUGUGAAAUCCACACAGCGUAUAGACUACGAGACAGUUCGCACCAUCAACUUCACUCUGGUAGCAUACGACUCUGGCGUCCCACAACGAUCCGGCUCCGCACAAGUCAUAGUCCACGUGGAAAACGCCAACGACGAAGAGCCAGUAUUCGCCGCGCCGCAGUACGAUGCUAGCUUACAAGAACAUGCGCCCGCGCAUACAAGCGUUGUCACUGUCAGCGCUGUGGAUAACGAUGAAGGUGAAUUCGGCCAAGUCCGCUACAGCCUUACCGGUGAACUGUCCAACUUAUUUUCCAUCGAUGAAUUAUCUGGAGUGGUCACCGUGGCUGAAGGAGCUGAUAUCGACAGAGAAGUUACUAGCGACAUCUGGCUCCGAGCCGUGGCGAGCGAUGACGCACCGCCCACGAAACAGAAGAGUAGCAGCGUACCUCUCCACAUAAAAGUGCUAGAUAUCAACGACCACGCCCCCGUCUUCGCCCAGAGCGUAUACAAGGGCACCAUUUCAGAAAACUUGCAGUUGAACCCACCGGCUGCUAUCCUUCAAGUCUCUGCUGAAGACAAGGAUGAGGGACUCAAUGGGAAAGUGGAGUAUGCGAUCACGGAGCAGAGCGUGCCUGGAACCUUCUCCGUUGACCCAAUAACCGGCAUCAUCUACCCCGCUCGUCCCGUGGUCGGCAACACGACGUACCACCUGACCGUGUCGGGCACGGACCGCGCCGGCGCCGGUCUGGCCGCGUCCGCGAGGGUGGACAUUACAGUGCUCAGCGUCAACAAGCAUAGUCCGGAGUUUGUGCUGCCGCCGCCUGAGCAAAGGCAGUUGGAGAUACCUGAGAAUGCAGCUCAAGCGGACUACCUCAUAACCACCAUAAAAGCGACCGACGAAGACAGCGGGGAAAACGGUCGCGUGUCGUACUACCUUAAAGUGGAUAAUCAGAGAGUUAGCGAAACUCCGGAGUUUAGUCUGGACAGAGAUACUGGGGAGCUGAGGACUAAGACGUUCUUGGAUAGGGAGCAUCAGUCGGAAUAUAUGUUGGCGAUAGCAGCCGUGGAUAACGGAACACCCGCUCAGUUCGAGAGCCUGAUGAUACUGACGGUGGUGUUGGCUGAUGAUGAUGAUAAUAUACCGCGAUUUUCGUCUCCCAGCUAUCAGUUUAGCAUUAAGGAGAACUUGCCUGCUGGAGAUAUUGUCGGCACUGUGAAAGCAGUAGACAACGACUCUGGUGAAAAUGGGAAGGUGUACUACCACAUACUAGAGGGAAAUGAGGACGGGACCUUCACGCUUGAUAGGAUCAAGGGUGUCAUCCGAGCUAACGUCAGUUUCGACAGAGAAAAGCAACCCGAAUACUCCCUAACAAUAUACGCCAGCAACAACCCAAUCUUAGAAAGAGCGGCCGCCGAUUUUAACUCAGUGGACAACAGUACAGAAGGCCAGGGGAGCAGCGUCGCGUCCGUCAAGAUCAAGAUCUUGGACGAGAAUGACAAUGAGCCAAAAUUCCCAGAAAAGACAUAUUAUGCAGCGAUAAAACACACGGCGCGCGUCAACGAGGCCAUCCUCUCAGUAGCAGCUGAAGACCCGGAUCUAGAAGAGAACGGAACUUUGGUGUACAUGGUAGCUGCUUCGAACCUGUACAAGUUCGGUGCUUCAAAGUCUAGUGGAAGCGUAGUGCCGUCUCCUUUCAACGUUACGCAAGAAGGCGUGCUAAUGACUGCGGGCUACAUGGCGGAAUAUAACCAAGACCGUUUCGUGUUGGAUAUCAUCGCACGUGAGCUCGCCCCGCCUCAUAGAGAAGCGAAAGCGCAAGUCUACAUAUGGAUAACGGACCGGUCAUCGCUCAUCCGCAUGGUGGUGUCGCGCGGCUGCGCGCGCCCAGAGCCGGGCGUGCGGCGCCGCCUCGCCGCCGCCAGCGGAGCCCUGCUGGUGCCCGCCCGGAGGCUGCACCUGGUGCACGCUGAUAGACUCUACGAUGAUUGGUGUGAAAUUCACCUAUUACCCGUAGACCCAGCUUCAUACCAGAUCCUGCCCGUGGAAAGGGUUCUGGAAACUGUGGACUCCAAGUACGAUGAGCUCAAAGACGUGUACCAGGAGUACGGCGUUGAAACGCUCACGGCAGCCAGCGCUACUGCUAAAGCGCCUGACAGUUUCGACCCAGCACUAGCUGCGUUGAUAGCUCUACUGAUAGUGCUUUUCACCGGCAUCGUCACAUUCAUCGUUGUCUGUGCCUGCUUAAAACAUUGGGUUAUCCCCCCGCCAUCCCUCCAGUCCAGCAAGGGCGACAGCCUCGCCCGACGGCGGAUAUUAGAAGAGCUCAGCACCACAGAGAACCCUCUGUGGCUGGAGACCAAGCUACGGCCAUAUGAGGAGCAGGAGUUAACUAUGAACGUGUUUGGAGACCAGGCGGAGCAGGGCAAUGUGGAGCCCCCACAGGCGGACAACACGUACGCGACGAUACAAGGUAGUCGCGCCACAGAGCGGUUUGGCGACUACGCGACGCUCGGCGGAGACUCGCCCACGCCGCUGGAAGCUGCCUUAGGAUUCCAGGGCAGCACAUUUAAGCCGCCGACACCGGAUACGCCGGAGCCUCCGCCGCGGCCCACGGCUGGCUUGGGACCCCUAUGAUGAUGAAUGUCGAAUCUUGCUCUAGUUUAGUAAUUAAAUUUAGCUCUUAAGCUACAUGUAAAUAGAGUCUCAAAUGUGGUGCAUGUUGGCAAUGUAUUAUAUUCCUCUUCAUUCAAGUAAAUCAUUAUCGUUUUAAAGACUGCAUAUACGUUUUGUUACCAAUUAUUUGUUUCGAUUUAUAAUACUUUGUCAACGUCCAUAUAUAAAAACAUUUUGUUAAAAUUAUUUCCAGAAAUUGUGAUGGCAUAUUUUUGGUGUUUUAUAAGUAUUAUAUAGUUGACAUCUUCAAAUUUUAGGGUCUAUACAGACAAGACAUAGACCUAAUCUGCUUACUACUAAGAACUUAGGGGUCAUCCAUUA